AUGGCACCGGGCACUCACAGCACGUUGAAGGGCACCUUUGCCCAACGGUCCACGACAGUAACACACCCGUUGACCGCCUAUCUGUUCAGGUUGAUGGAUCUAAAGGCCUCCAAUCUUUGUUUGAGCGCAGAUGUAGCAACUGCACGCGAACUUCUCUCAAUUGCUAACAGGGUGGGACCGUUCAUUGUGGUUCUAAAAACGCACCACGAUAUGGUGUCAGGAUGGGACUAUGAUCCGGAAUUUGGUACUGGGAAAAAGCUCUCCGCCCUAGCCCGAAAGCACGGUUUUCUUAUUUUCGAGGACCGUAAAUUUGGUGAUAUCGGGAACACGGUAGAGCUUCAAUAUACCAGCGGCUCGGCCAAGAUUAUCGAGUGGGCUCAUAUCGUCAAUGUCAACAUGGUUCCUGGGAAGGCAUCAGUCACAUCACUCGCCAAUGCUGCCAAGAAAUGGGAGGAAAGAUCCCAUUAUUCCGUGAAGACUUCGGUGUCUGUGGGAGGAAGGAGCCGAGGCAGCAACGAGGAUGACGAGGACGACGAAGAGAGCGACGAUGAAGCUGACGUGGCAACAACCAGUGAGGGGCGGAAAGGCAGCAUUGUUUCUGUCACUACAGUUACCCACCAAUAUGAGCCCGCCGUCUCCCCACGGUUAGACAAGACUAUCUUGGAGGAAGACUCAGGAGAGUCAAUCUCUAGCUUCGAUGAGCCACCGUCGGACCGAGGCCUUUUGAUUCUCGCCCAAAUGUCAAGUGAAGGCAACUUUAUGGAUGAAAGGUAUACAAACGCCUGCGUGGAGGCAGCAAGGGAGCAUAAGGAUUUCGUCAUGGGUUUUGUUUCGCAGCAAAGCCUCAACACCCUGCCCGAGGAUGAUUUUAUCCACAUGACCCCAGGAUGCCAACUUCCAUCUGAGGAGGAAGAGGAGGGCACCGAAGUUAAGGGAGAUGGAAAGGGACAGCAAUACAACACCCCUCAGAAACUUGUUGGGAUUGCCGGGACUGAUAUCGUCAUUGUUGGACGUGGAAUUCUCAAAGCUGGCGAUCCUCAAGAGGAGGCCGAGAGGUAUCGCUCUGCAGCUUGGAAGGCAUACACCGAGCGAGUUCGAUGA